AAAUAAUCGUACACGAACAAGGCUUCAAAGAAAAGGAAAAAUAUUUUUGAAGAUCAGUUUGGAUUGAUAUUUUUACACUGAUGUAGCCCAAAUUUAUUGAUAUCUGUGCCUUAUUUUUCAACUCUAAAUAUGUAAGCAAAGACGAAACAAUUUUUUUGUCACACUUUGAUUCAGUCAUGCAUCCUUCAGAUCAGCCAUUUUCAAACAUCUAAUUAGAAUAUUCCAAGUGUACACUUACCUCUAUUCAUAGAAAUUGUUGAAUAAUUGAAUCCUGCACAAGAAAAUUUCUAUGGAUAUUCUUUCUUCAUUGAUCUUUGUUGCAAGUAUACUUAUCCCUUGUUUCAAAUUCUGCAUAGCAGCUGAUACCAUUCUUCUGUCCCAAUCCAUUAGUGAUGGCAUGACCUUGGUUUCUCGAGGUGAAACAUUUGAACUUGGUUUCUUCAGUCCCAAGAACUCCAACAAACGUUAUCUCGGAAUUUGGUACAAGAAUAUCCCCCAGACAGUUGUUUGGGUUUCGAACAGGGCCAUCAAUGAUUCCUCAGGCAUCUUAACAGUGAACAGUACAGGAAACCUUGUCCUCAGACAGCAUGACAAGGUUGUCUGGUACACAACAUCUGAGAAACAAGCACAGAAUCCAGUGGCGCAGCUUCUAGAUUCAGGGAAUCUUGUUGUAAGAGAUGAGAGUGAAGCAGACUCAGAAGGAUAUUUAUGGCAAAGCUUUGACUACCCUUCAGAUACAAUACUUCCAGGCAUGAAGUUGGGAUUGAACCUCAGAACUGGUAUUGAAUGGAGAAUGACAUCUUGGAAGAAUCCCAAUGAUCCAUCCCCAGGAGACUUUUAUUGGGGCCUUUUGCUUUAUAAUUAUCCUGAGUUUUAUCUGAUGAUGGGAACAGAAAAGUUUGUGAGAGUUGGACCAUGGAAUGGCCUGCAUUUCAGUGGCAUACCAGAUCAAAAGCCUAACCCGAUUUAUGCUUUCAACUACAUAUCCAACAAGGAUGAGAAGUACUACACUUAUAGCCUACAGAAUGCUGCUGUGAUCUCAAGAUUGGUAAUGAAUCAAACCUCUUCAAUGAGUAUUAGAUACGUAUGGAUGGAAAACGAACAAUAUUGGAAGGUCUAUAAAUCGCUGCCAAAAGACAACUGUGACUAUUAUGGCACAUGUGGAGCCUAUGGGACUUGCUUGAUUACAGGCUCCCAAAUAUGCCAGUGCUUAGCAGGGUUCAGUCCCAAGUCACCACAAGCAUGGAACUCAUCUGACUGGACUCAAGGAUGCACACGGAAUCAGCCAUUAAAUUGCACUAACAAGCUCAAUGAUGGAUUUAUGAAAGUGGAAGGUGUGAAAGUGCCAGAUACUACACAUACUUGGUUAGAUGAGACAAUAGGUCUUGGAGAGUGCAGAAUGAAGUGCUUGAAUAAUUGUUCUUGUAUGGCAUAUACUAAUUCAGACAUAAGAGGUGAAGGUAGUGGCUGUGUCAUGUGGUUUGGUGAUCUAAUUGAUAUUAGGCAGUUUGAAAAUGAUGGGCAGGAUCUGUAUAUUCGAAUGGAUUCUUCAGAAUUAGGGGAACAAGAAGAGCACAAGAAGGUGGUGAUCAUAAUAGUUUCUACCACCAUUGCUACAAUUUUAGUAAUUCUUUGUAUUGGUUGUUAUCGUAUAUACAUUGUGCGGCACAGCAUAACUGAGUAUUCAGAUAUUGUACGUGAUCAAAAUAGGGGAGGAAGUGAAGAAAAUAUCGAUCUCCCCUUACUUGACCUUUCAACAAUAGUCAUUGCCACUGAUAACUUCUCAAUAAACAACAAGAUUGGAGAAGGUGGUUUUGGACCAGUAUACAAGGGAAGAUUAGUAAGUGGACAAGAAAUUGCUGUGAAGAGGCUCUCAAGAGGCUCGGGACAAGGAAUGACAGAGUUCAAGAAUGAAGUCAAACUGAUUGCUAAACUUCAGCACCGAAAUCUUGUUAAGCUUCUUGGUUGUUGCGUUCAAGAACAAGACAGAAUGCUGGUUUAUGAGUACAUGACUAAUCGUAGCUUGGAUUGGUUGAUUUUUGAUGAUACUAAAAGCAAACUGCUAGAUUGGCCUAAGCGUUUCAACAUUAUCUGUGGAAUUGCUCGAGGUCUUCUUUAUCUUCAUCAAGAUUCUAGAUUGAGGAUAAUUCAUAGAGACCUCAAAGCAAGUAAUGUUUUGCUCGAUGACCAGAUGAUCCCUAAAAUAUCAGAUUUUGGCAUUGCUAGAAUAUUUGGAGGAGAGCAGACAGAAGGAAAUACAAAUCGAGUUGUUGGAACUUACGGCUACAUGGCACCAGAAUAUGCAGCUGAUGGUAUUUUUUCUGUGAAAACUGACGUUUUCAGUUUUGGUAUUUUGUUGCUGGAGAUUUUAAGUGGAAAGAGAAACAGAGGAUUUUAUCUUGAAAACCAAUCUGCAAACCUUGUCACUCAUGCAUGGAAUCUGUGGAAAGGGGGCAGGGCUAUAGAAAUGGUUGACUCAAACAUAGAGGACUCUUGUGUUCUAUCAGAGGUAUUGCGUUGCAUCCAUGUCUGUCUCUUGUGUGUUCAGCAACACGCAGAGGAUAGGCCUCUUAUGCCUUCCGUGGUUCUAAUGUUGGGGAGUGAAAGUGAAUUGGCUGAGCCAAAAGAACCUGGUUUCUACAUAAAGAAUGAUGAAGGUGAAAAAAUUUCCAUCUCAGGUCAAAGUGAUUUAUUUUCAACCAAUGAAAUAACUAUCACACUAUUAGAAGCCAGAUGAAAUUUAAAUCAAAUUACUA